AAUUUCGAAACAUUGAAAGCACCACAAGAGGACGCGCCUACCCCCCAAACCGGAAGCGUAUGCGUCGCUCGCUCCCCCGACAUCAAGUUGCUUGAACUAAAACUUGUAGUUGAAACUAAAAUCGAUUACAAAAAUAUAAAAUCAAAUGUCGGGGUCAUCCACCAUUGUAACUAUGAAGAAAAUUGUCCAACAACUACGGUUCGAAGCGGGAAUAAACAGAGUAAAGGUGUCAUCGGCCGCGGCCGAUCUGCAACAGUUCUGUCUACAGAACGCCCAGCAUGACCCGCUGCUCACCGGCAUGUCAUCCAGCAACAAUCCGUUCAGACCGCAAAAAGUUUGCUCUUUCUUAUAGCGGCGACGCGAUGUCGCCAAAUGUGUGUAACCGCGUGGAGAUGGACUGGAAUCGCCUCGAGUGUUGGGGGGGGGGUAUUUUUUUUAACCUUUGCAAAUUUUCACAAAAAAAAUUAGAGGCACUUACGUACCUUUUCCCUACAAAUUUAUGAUUUAAAAUCCAACAUACAAGGAAUCCUUUGUUUACAGUGACAUUUUCCACCACAAAUGUUUGUAUGAAAAACAUUUCUAGGCCACAAUCACAAUUUUUUCCACUGCUGUGCAAACUACCAAUUAGUUAUCCUUGAAAUGUCAAGCAUAAACAUUUGUGUGAAAGAUUUCUAGGCCAUAAAUACAAACCUAUCAAAUAAAAAACUAAUUAUGCCUACUAA